AUGGAUGUGCUAGAGGAAAUACCAACGGGCCUUCACUACACCGCACCAGCUACCGUGAUGAGAUGUCAGAGGGAAAUCAUCAAAUGCUCUAGCUGGGAGUACAAGAAAGAAUCGUGUGAAACUAAACAAUUCUACAUUCAUACAGUCAAGCUAAAGGAGAAACUGUCCGACAGCAAGUGUACCUUUGGCGAAACCUUUUAUUUACGUAAGGGCAAGCUGGUGGUCAAAGAGGGCUGUCGUGGUAAAUUUGAAGUAAGCAAUGAAGACUGUGAGGAAAAACCGAAGAACAAGUGCAAUGGUAAAAACACCAAAUAUGACCGAAAGCUGAAAAAAUGCGUUUGCAUGAAAGGAUUCAUCGGAAACGCCGACGAAGAAUGCUUCGGAACUUGUAGGUGCUAUGCAAGUGGAGACCCUCACUACUAUACGUUUGACGGCGCAAUCAUACAUUUCCAAGGCACGUGUAAAUACACGUUGGCCCAAUUUAUUGACACGGAGGGACCUUAUUCUUUCAGUGUGGAAGUGGAAAACGAACAUCGAAAUGAUAAAGAUGAUGUUUCCUUCACUAAAUGCGUAGAAGUGUUGGUGUAUGGACAAACAAUUAGACUUGGACAGGACAGGAUAGUACAUAUAAACGGUGGAGUUCGUGACACACCUAUUAUCACAGAAAGUGGUAAUAUCAAAAUUGGUAUUAGUGGCAGCGAUGUCCGAUUGAGUACUAGUUUAGGGCUUGAGGUUACCUUUGAUGGAAAACAUAAAGUGAGCGUUAUGGCUCCGAAGGCAUUCAAAGGACAAUACAAAGGUUUGUGUGGGGAUUGUGAUGACGACAAAAACAACGAUUACAGGACAGAAGGAGGUAUAGACGUGACUCAGGAUAAAAACCGCUACAACAGUAUUGGAGAUAGUUAUGCUGUACCAUCAGAUGAUGAGGACGAUGAUGUCUGCUUAACCGAGCAUUCCUUUGAGGAGUGUCCAAACUCCGAUAUGGAGGUUGCGAGAGGUGAUGAUUAUUGUGGAUGGUUGUUGCCAACUAAUCAAAAGAGUCCGUUCUUUAAGUGCAUACAAGAGCAGAAUGAGGUCGAAAAAGCACAGGAACUGUAUGCAUCGUGUACCUUAGACGUGUGUGCUUUUAUGCACAAUGGUAACGAAAAAGAUCUCAACCGAACGAUCUGCAGUGCUCUGGAAAUGAUGGCAGUUGUUUGUGACGAUGAUAACGACCCUCUACAAUGGCGCCCAGAUAUGUGUAAGAUACCAUGUGGUAAAAACAUGCAAUUUAUGAGCGCCGUAAGUUCUUGUCCAAACAACUGUGUUGAACGGGAUGCCGAGACCAACUGUGACAUGUCUGCGUCGAGGGUGGGAUGUGGCUGUGCGGAAGGAUUCAUUCUUGACGGUAACCGGUGUGUGCUACCAAAUCAGUGUGGGUGUUUGGAAAAUAACAUAUACUACAACUUGGGCAGAGAGAAGGUGAGCAAUGACUGCACUACAGUAAGUCAUUGUGUUUCAACAAACGGAAAUUCUUCGAUGAUUUUCAAAGAGAAAAGAAAUCCUUGUGAUGAGCAGGCCAACUGUUUACCAAGAGGCGAAUCAAGAAAAUGUGUAUGUAAACCUGGAUACAUCGGGAACGGUGAAAAAUGUGAAGCCGCCGAGAAAUGUGAUAAAGUGAUCGAGUGUAGCGCGGACAAAGGUGGAUAUAAGGAAUGCACAGAAGAAAUGCAAAUUCGACGGGCAAGACCAGCCAAGCCCGACAAGAAAACAAAACGAAAAUGUAAAAGAAAGAGGGACUACGGUGUUAAGAACGGCGUGUUGUGGGUUAAAAAGGGAUGUGGUGGUACUUUUAAAGUGAAAGGAUACUGUAAAACAUCAAAAGUCGACCGUUGUGGAGAAAAUGAAGAGAGAGUAAAAGGAAAAUGUGUUUGUCAGUCAGGAUACCAACGUGAUAAAAAAGGCAAAUGUAAAGAUUCCUCAUCAAAUUGUGAACAAAUACUUAAUUGUGAAAGUGAAAAAGGAAGAUACACAAAGUGUCCUCUAAAAGAACGAUUCAAAAACAUAGAUCUGAUACAAGAACGUCCCGGCUCAAAAUGUGUAAAGAACAAAAGCUUUGGUUUAAGACGUGGAAAUAUGUGGGUAAAAGAAGGAUGUCGUGGAACAUUUAAAAUUACCAAAAAAGGAAAAUGCAAUAGCUCGAAGACAUGUGGAGUCAAUGCCGAGAAGAGGAAAGGGAAAUGUAGAUGUAAGAAGGGCUACUCUGGGAGCCAUACGGGCAGAUGCGAAG